GCGAGCGUAAAAAUGCUCCUACCUGGAAAGGCUUCCAACCGUCGUCUGAUUCAUGAUGUGAAAAGAAGAUCAUGUACAAAUUGGCAAUCGAGCAUGUUUUGAUUGAAAUCAGCAAGCAUCAAUUUUCUAUUUUAUCAUCGAAUUUGAAGCUAACGCGGCACUCGCCACUAAUGAUAUCUGCCAGGUGUUUCAAAUGCGUGCAUAGUCAAAUGACUACGCAUGUGCUCAAGAAUUUUCAGAGUCACCCAACAUGCAAGAGACGCACCAGUUGUGGUUGUUGUCAUUCUCGAUUAAAAAGCUUACAAACGACCUUCUACUCAUAUUUAAACCUCAAGCUCAGCUUUUGUAUCCGACAGGAUGAUUUGCCUAUCACUCUUAUCUUUCCACAGAUGCGGAGCUUAUUGCUCCGCAUCUUAAUUUUUUUCUAUACGUGCGAGAGUAAUGACAAAUGGUAUUGUUACCUUCUUGUCAUUCAGCGACUGAUAAAAUUCACAUUUGUCCAGCCACUUCUGACCAGUGACUUCGGCAAUCAGCACCAGCGCACGACCAGCUCCAUGAUUUUAUUAAAUCAUUCAUUCGUGUGGAGAUCCAUAAGCCCAGCACUGGUAUUCCAGCAUUGGACGCAACUAUUGAUAUCGCAAUGACCUUCUUGCCUUCUAUAGUCUCUGAAACAUACCUUUUACAGAGCCCGACAAGAGAUGAUUCAUCAGUGCAAAAUUGUUAGUACAUCGUGCUAACGCGAGUUUAACACUUCAGCAUCGCGAGACAGGAUACAAUGUAUUCGAUUUAAUCUAUCUUCUACAUCAUAUCGGCAACAAUGCUUCUUGUUCUAUAUCCAGCACACAGUUUGUCACGCAGCUUUACAAAAUACAGAUAAUUUGAUAUCAAGUGUGUAUUCAAUUUGAAUGAUUACUGUAGACUCAGACAAUCAUAGCCUUAGACGCUGCAUACUGCAAUCUGACGUAUAUUAAACUUGGAUAUAGCGUCGCUGAAGAUAAUCAUAAGUUCACCGGGGCAAUAGCUUCCGAUGCGAUAUGGACGACUAAACGAACAGGAUUAUUAAGACUAGGAAUACGUUGUUCCAUCCACGAGCCAGUACACAUUUCACGUCGAUCAAUACUCAUAGACAGUUCUACGAAUACCAGAAAUGCCACAAUUAUCAAUCGAUUCAGAGGAUUAAACGCGAGUCAACGGUUUGCUUUUUUAUCUGCAAUUGGUGAGCACAAAUCAGCAUCGCCAAUUCGCGCCAGUAGCACCACCUUUCACUCUCACAAUGCUUACCACCACGUAAUUUAAAUCUCUUGACCUUGGCUCU